GAGCUGCCUUGCCAGCUCUGCAGGCUUGCUUACAGGGACGACGAGGCUCGGGAGGUACUGGCAAACGUGCGCACGCCGCUCCGAGCGACGGCUGUCCUGCCUAGGCUGAGCAUCCUAGCCGCUGAAACGUUGGCAGUGGACCGAAGCGUGGAGCUUUGCGCCUGCGCAACUUGCUCGCGACCGUCGACGUCAGUCCAAUUUUGCUGAUUCGCCCCUUUUCGAGACCGUGCAACAUGAAGGUACGAGUCAUCCAGCGCUCGCUCGACGAUCACAUGCCGGCAACAUUGGGCGCACCUCCGCCGACAAAACGCAACCUUGAUCCAUCUCAGCAUCCCUUUGGCAGGCAGAGGGAGUACCAGCGAGCACUCACUGCAGCCAAGAUGGACAGGAUGUUCGCCAAACCGUUUGUCGCUUCACUAGAAGCCCACGCAGAGGGUGUCUACUCUCUCGCUCGCGAUCCAGAAAGACUGGGCGUCAUGGCAAGCGGCGGCGCAGAGGGUGAGAUCAAGCUUUGGUCGCUCCCAACACAGUCUUCUCUUCUCACGGUCAAGAACGCCCACAAGGGAAUCGUCAGAGGCAUCUCCUUCUGUCCGCCUGCACACGGCGCAUCGCGUCGUCAGUUGCCGACUGCUUCCACCUCGCACGACGAUCCAGACGGAGCGCAAGACGACGCGAACGAAGACGCCGCCGAUGAUGACGAUCGCAUGCUGGCUCGUCUUCACGGUCUGCCAGACACAGAUGACGGCUCCCACGUUCGCGGCGAGAGCAAAUUUCUGACCUGCAGCGUCGACAAGACAGUCAAGCUCUGGUCUUCGGCUGGCCAGCACAACAGCAGCGACUCGCCACCUCGGCCAUUGCAAGUCUACUCCGGCACACACGGCUUCAACGGUGUCGACCAUCAUCGUCGAGAGGCCAUGUUCGCUACUGCAUCGGAUCGCGUGCUCAUUUGGGAUCAAUCAAAGACGACUCCCAUCACCACGCUCUCAUUCGCGAACAACUUGUCUGCUAGAUCGGCAAACAAACGUGACGAGGGUUAUGCAGCGGGCGAGCAUCUGACGAGCGUCAAGUUCCAUCCCUCCGAGACCUCUGUUCUCGCCUCGACGGGCAGUGAUCGCUCUUUGACAUUGUAUGAUCUCCGUAGUGGCACCGCGACCGGACAGACUAUCAUGCGCAUGCGUGCCAAUGGUCUCUCGUUCAAUCCUUUGCAGGCCUCUGUACUACUCAUCGCCUCUGAGGAUCACAAUCUGUAUACCUACGAUAUUCGCAACAUGUCUAGCGCUACACAAGUCUUCAAGGGUCACGUAGGCGCAGUCAUGUCUGCAGAUUGGUCGCCCACUGGCCGCGAGUUCGUCAGCGGCUCGUACGACCGCUCCGUCAGAAUAUGGAAAGCCGGACAAGGUCGCGCGAGAGAUACCUAUCACACCAAAAGGAUGCAGAGAAUAUGGUCAACCGCUUUCACGCUCGAUACCCGGUUCAUCGUGUCCGGCUCAGACGACGGCAAUCUCAGGAUAUGGAAGGCUCGCGCAUCAGACAAGCUGGGCGUCAGCUCGACCAAGGAGCUCGCGAAGAAACAAUACCGAGACACCCUUCGCGACAAAUGGCAACACGUCGGCGAAGUCGGCAAGAUUGAGAGGCAGCGCAUGCUCCCCAAGGCCAUUCAUAAUGCGACGCGGCUCGAUCGGGACAUGGUCGAUGCUCGCAAACGCAAGGAAGAGAACCGACAGGCUCACCGUCCGCGAAACCUGCCUGCUGAGCUCCCGACAGCAGAACGGAAGAGGCACAUCGUCGUUCAGAAGCAGUAGCGCCAGGGUACUCUGCGAGAUGCAUUUUGCUUUGCGGUAUGCUGAUCGCUUCGCGCCAACUGUUGAUGUCUUGCGAAUCAAUCUUCACUCGGGUCGCCGUGUUCGAAUUGACCAGCGUGAGCACGACGCGCCUCUUCACUAGCUUGUCUGUAGGCCUUGAGAGCAGCCGGGUAUGCGUUCUUGUGCUGCGCCAUUUCGUCGACCGUCGCGUGGCCCUCGCGCAGCAGUGACGCGUUGAUCGACCGACUCGGGUCGCUCGCCUUGCCCGAGUAAAGCGUCAACGCCAGCCUGCCAUGGACGUCGUGCCAGUCAACAUUGGCGGUCAGGAUUU